CGAGGAGGGCACGCGAAAAGGAAAUUCAGACGACCUCGUGACGACUGUCGGAACAUCGAGGACGCGCGCGCGCGCGAAACAAUGAGACUCCAGGAAGCGGCGCUGAUCUGCGCUGUCUUGACCGUUGUCGCAGUACAUUGCCAAAAAAACAAAAAGGAUGACGACAAGAAAGAUGAAGAGUUUAGGUGUCCGGAGGGUCAGGGCAAUGGUAACUUCGCCGAUCCGGCAACCUGCAGGAGAUUUUAUCAGUGCGUCGAUGGUUAUCCUUACUUGAACCGAUGUCCGUCGGGCUUGCACUUCGACGAUAUCAGCAAGUUCUGUACCUUUAAAAACGAGGCGCGAUGCGGACCCAUUGAGACCACGCCAGCACCAAUCACCGAGCCGCCGACAGAUCUUGCCGAGCGUUGUGACACAGCAAACUGCCAACUUCCGUACUGCUUCUGCUCUAGAGACGGUACGAUCAUUCCCGGCGGCCUUCAGCCGGAGGAGACGCCGCAAAUAAUCAUCAUGACAUUCGACGGUGCAAUAAAUCAUAACAACUUUGAUCACUAUCAGAAGAUAUUCACUCAAGAUCGUCUGAAUCCUAACAACUGCCCGUUGAGGGGUACAUUCUUCAUCUCUCACGAGUAUUGCAACUACAAUAUGGUCCAAAGCCUGGCGCACGACGGCCAUGAAAUUGCGACCGAGACAAUCUCACUUCAGAAAGGCCUGGAGGACAAGGGUUACGAAGAAUGGGUUGGCGAGAUGAUCGGAAUGCGCGAAAUACUGAAACACUUUAGCAAUAUUUCGACCGGCGAGGUUGUCGGUAUGCGAGCGCCUUAUUUGAAGCCCGGUCGCAACACUCAGUACAAAGUGCUCGAGGAUUUUGGAUAUAUAUACGACAGUAGCAUAGGAAUCUCACCGCUGAAGGUGCCAAUUUGGCCAUACACUCUUGACUACAAAAUCCCGCAUGAAUGUAAAGCGGGCACUUGUCCCACCAAAUCAUUCCAAGGCAUAUGGGAGCUACCAUUGAACGCACAUUACGUAGAGAGUUACGAAGGUGGGCAUUGUCCUUACUUGGAUCAAUGCGUUCUUCAUAAUCACGAUCCCGAAGAAGUAUUCGAGUGGUUGCAGGAGGAUUUUAAUCGAUAUUAUGAACAGAAUAGAGCUCCGUACAUGAUGCCUUUCCAUACUAAUUGGUUCCAAAUCAAAGAAUUGGAACGCGGUCUGUCGAAAUUUUUGGAUUGGGUGGUAACACUACCUGACGUUUACUUCGUAACUGCCACACAAGCGUUAACGUGGAUGACCGAUCCGAAACCGAUUAAAGCUCUUCACAACUUCGAAGGAUGGUCAUGUAAGAAAAAGGAUAAUUUGCCAGGACCGUCAUGCAAUAAUCCACACAAGUGCGCUUUAGACUUCAAACCUCCUGAAGCAAAUUUCACUACAACCAGGUAUAUGGAAACGUGUAGGGAGUGUCCAAACAAAUAUCCUUGGUUGGGAGACUCAAAGGGUACAGGACUUUACAAUGAUAAUUACAACCCUGAAAAGAAAUAGGAAUGUCACCUAAGUGAAUUAGAUUUAAUUUUAGUGAAAGCAGUUCGCGUUAUCAGGGUAGAUGCUUUAUGUGUGUCGUAUAAGCGAUACUUAUCCAUUAUCGACUCCGCACACACCAAGCAUCUUACUUUUCAAUAUUGGAAAAAAACCUCAAUUUUAAUUUGCAUCUUGAAUGUACAAGUCAAUAUGUUUAUAUUUCUAUCUUCAUGUAGAGCAUAUACUCAGCAACAUUCGCGCCUACUAAUAUUAAGUAUGUACUGUUCAAUUUGAAAGAGAAAAUAAAAUGUUUCGACGCUGUAUAAAAUCUAA